AUGUCGUCAUCUCAUUCAAAGGGUUCUCCUUACGGUGCCAAAAUCACUGCCAUUGAAGAGUUAGACAAGGGCAACUGGAUUCAGACCAGAAAGAUCAAAUACCAGGAUCCCCACGGAAACGAUCGACUCUGGGAAAUGGCCAUUAGAACUACCAGAUCUGAAACUACCAAUGUCGAUGCUGUAUCAAUCAUAGCUAUUUUGGAAAAAGAAGGAAGAGAUCGUGAAGUUGUACUUAUCAAACAAUUCCGCCCGCCCACUGGUAAAGUUGUUCUAGAACUUCCAGCAGGGCUCAUAGACCCAAAAGAAUCGAUAGCCAGCACUGCUGUCAGAGAAUUGAUUGAAGAAACAGGCUACUACGGCACUUUUGCUAGGGAAUCUGUUGCUGUUUUCAGCGACCCAGGCUUGACCAAUGCUAAUAUGGUGUUGGCAUACGUAGAUGUAGAUCUCUCAGAUCCCAGAAAUAAGAACCCUAAAGCAGAAUUGGAGGACGGCGAGUUCAUCGAAAUGUUCCACUUACCUUUGAAAGGCCUAUUGGGCAAGUUGGAAGAAUUGGUAGAAAAGGAAGGUUGUACAGUAGAUGCCAGAUUGUACCAUUUCGCUGUUGGGUUGGAUAUCGCUCAAAGUCUCUAG